AUGGCUGACAGCAUCAACGCCGCCGUUCAAGUUAACAACGGAACCACAUCAAACAACGGUGGUGAGAUGAUACAUCCUCCGCCUAUUAUUUCAUCUUAUAACGACAAGAUACGCCCCAUUCUUGAUGCUGUCGAUAGUCUUCGUCGCCUUAAAGUCAUCGCUCUCCCCACCAUCGUGGUCGUCGGAGACCAGUCCUCCGGCAAGUCCAGCGUUCUAGGGUCACUUGCCGGCAUAAGUUUGCCUCGUGGACAAAACAUCUACACAAGGGUACCUCUUAUUAUGAGGCUUCAAAACCAUUCAGAUCCUUUGCCUGAACUCCUACUGGAGUAUCAGAAAAAAUCCGUUAAGAUCAUGGAAGAAAACCAGAUAUCAAAUGCCAUUGAUAAGGCUACAGUGGAGAUAGCCGGAAACAACAAAGGGAUAUCAAAUGUUCCAUUAACUUUGGUUGUCAAGAAGAAAGGUGUUCCGAAUCUCACCAUGAUUGAUUUGCCAGGAAUUACAAGAGUUGCCAUCGGUGAUCAACCCGAAAACAUUUACGAACAAAUAACAGAUAUGAUUAUGGAGCACAUAAAGCCAGAAGAAAGCAUUAUUUUGACUGUUCUUGCAGCAAGUGUUGAUUUCGCGACAUGUGAAUCCACUUGCAUGUCACGACGUGUGGACAUCAAUGGACAACGAACACUAGUCGUGGUAACCAAAUCCGAUCUUUCCCCAGAUGGCUCACUUGAGAAAGUUACAUCAAAUGAUGUGAACAUCGGACUUGGCUACAUUUGUGUUAGAAACCGGAUCAAAGAUGAAACCUAUGAAGAAGCUCGAAUCCAAGAAGAAAAGCUUUUUGAAACUCAUCCCUUGUUGUCCAACAUUGAUAAAUCCAUGGUGGGUGUUCCUGUAUUAGCCUCUAGACUUGUUGAGAUUCAAUCAAUGAUCAUAUCGAAAUGUUUGCCGGAUAUUGCAAAGAAGAUCAAUGAGAAGCUUAAUGCUUCGGUUUUGGAGCUCAACAAAUUACCCAGGGUUCUAAGCGGCAUUGCGGAUGCAAUGACUGCUUUUAUGCAAAUCGUUGGGUCCCUCAAAGAAACUUUUCAGACGAUUAUGAUCCAUGGUGAGUUUGAGUAUUUAGAUGAUAAAGAAAUGAAUUGCAAUGCUCCAUUGGUUGAAAUGUUGGACGAGUUUUCAAAAGAACUCCAUAAGAGCAUCAUAUUUCGUGGAAACUUUCUAGUUGAGGAGAUACAGGUUUUAAAGGAAGCCAAUGGGAUGCGGUUGCCUUCUUUUCUUACACAUUCUGUGUUUAUGUGCUUACUUAAGAGAAAACUGAAUAACAUCUAA